UCCACGACCCCACGGAGAGGCCCCUGCAGCGACCGUGCUCCGGCAGCGAAGGAGCGGACCCUGGGGUCCUCGUGGCCUGGCUGUGGACACGGAGACGCAGGACCACGGACACCCACCAUUGGCCUCCGCUGCCUGCUCAGCCAGCCGCGCCAGACUGCAUUUGGCAAUGGCUUCCCUGUGGGCCUUGGUCUGGAACCACCGAGCAAACUGCAGGCCCGAGACAGAAGGGAGAGCACGAGGAAGCAGGGAGAGCACGAGGAAGGAGCGCCUCUGCUCGCUGUGAGGGAAACGACUGGCCAAGGAGCUGUACCUCAAAGAGCUACCAGCCCAGAACGUCUAUGCGUGGCAUCACGUGAACCCCUCCACGAGGUCCACAGAUCACCAGGAAGCCCACGUCUUGGCAUGGUAACCUGGAGGAGCCUGGAGACGCAAGGUUUCAGAAUCUCAUUCGCCAUGCUGCCCAGGGACCAAGGAAGAAGGACUCAGACACAGACUGAAAACCAGGAAACUGCAUGGGACUCAGAGCCCUGUCUCAACCCAGAAUGCCCAGAUCGCAGGCUCAACCACUGCAGGGUCUGCAAUGACAUCGCUCUGUACAAGGCUCAGAUGUGGAGCCUGGGAGAAGAUGAUGGCCACCAGUGGCAUCCCAGCAGUGGACUGAGGCCCCGGAUUUCAUGCCCAAUGUGUGCACUGCCCCAAAAAAUAAAUUUUUAUGUUACUUUUGAGCCAUUGUAUAAUUUAUACCAAAACACACUCAUGAUAGGAAUCCCAAACCUAGUAUGA